AUGACUCAUUCGCUGUUGGCUUGGGUUGCACGUACUGCCUUCUUCAUCGUGAUGAUCCUUCAGUAUAUCUCCUUCGCUUCGUAUCCAGCACGCUACGAAAAUCAAAAUGGCUGGUAUGCUUUACUUCUUCUCUACAUCCCAUCCUUGAUUCUCUGGUUUCUCGUCGUGUGCAAUGAAAAGCUCAUCACCUGGGUAUUUUCCGUUUGGGGUCUGUACGUAUGGCUUGCUUUAGUGCCCAUAAUUGGAGUAAUAUUUGGGCGAAUCAAAGAAAAAAUCGAGAAGGAUUUGUUCUUUGGACCAGAUGUCUUGACCAUGACCCUUUGCCUAACACCGCUCCUUUUGCUGCUGUUGCUUAACACAUUUGAAAUAGAAAGUAAAGGCAGAGAGCUCGUAUUAAAGCUGGCCUUCCAAAUAACAUUAGAUCUCUUCGACGGAAUUGAAAUGCUGCAAGUUAUUCUGGAGGAAAGUGAAGUUAGCAUUCCCAGGAGCUUUGAGAACGCUAUCAUUGCCUUCGUCUGCAUAAGUUUUAUGCUUUCGCAUUUUCAAUUGGAGGAGAACAGGUUUUUGGACACGUCUAUUUACAAGUACUUAGCCGUCAUUCGUAUCACCCUUCAGAUUUUACUCGGUAAUUGUGUGUUUUUAGGCCUUCGUUUGGCUCUGUUCUUUAAGUUCAAGAGAAAUGCGUCAAUUUUCAUCGCCAAGAAUGGCAUUUUGAUCAUUCAUGGGAUUUUGGAGAUCUUUCAGUGUUGUAAGGAUUAG